CAGGCCCGGAGGAGUGCGGCGCUGGGGCCUCCAGACACAAAGAGCGGCCGCGGGACGCGGGUGGGAGAAGAGCGCCCGCCCGCGCCCUUGGCCUGCAUGCGCGCGGGCGGAACCGGAGACGCCCUCCGCCCAGAAUGCUGGGCCUGCCUGAGUCACACCGCUUGCCUGUGCCUGGACGGCCAGAGACGAAUCACCUGCUGUCUUGGGACAGUGUCUCAGGUUCCUGGUGAUGAGGGAAAAGAGAGGAAAAGAAGUGCUUCUGAGCGGCCAGGAACUCAACUGUGCAUUGGGCAAAGCCUGCGUGACCGAGGUGCUGUGGGCCAGCCUGCGAUGGGAUGGACGAAGAGGAAGAGAGCCACUAUGUCUCGCAGCUCAGGGACGUCUACAGCAGCUGUGACACCACAGGGACAGGCUUCCUGGACCGGGAGGAGCUGACCCAACUCUGCCUGAAGCUUCAUCUGGAAAAGCAACUGCCAGUCCUUCUGCAAACACUUCUAGGAAAUGACCGCUUUGCCAGGGUUAACUUCGAGGAAUUUAAGGAUGGUUUCGUGGCUGUGUUGUCAUCACAGGCUGGUGUUGCCUCCUCAGACGAAGACAGUGGGUCUUUGGAGUCAGUUGCCCCCCGGGCCGUCCCCCCAAAGUACGUGAGUGGCUCUAAGUGGUACGGCCGUCGGAGCCGGCCCGAGCCCUGCGACACUGCAGGUGGAGCCCAGUGUUUACCGGAGCAGCCUGCCAGGCCCAGCGCGAGAAGCCAGCUCCGCCGCUCUGCGUCCCUGGAGAGUGUGGAGAGUCUCAAGUCCGAUGAAGAAGCCGAAAGUGCGAAGGAGCCUCAGAGUGAGUUGUUUGAAGCACAAGGCCAGCUGCCAAGCUGGGGUUCUGAGGUCUCCGGGAGCCCCCAGAAGCCCUGCAGCCCCUCCUUCGAAACCUCCGAGAGCCGGGUCCGGGGCCUCUGGGAAGAGUUGGGUGUGGGCAGCGGCGGCCACCUCACCGAGCAGGAGCUGGCCCUGGUCUGCCAGAGCGUGGGCCUCCAUGGCCUGGAGAAGGAGGAACUUGAAGACCUGUUCAACAAGCUGGACCAAGACGGGGACGGCAGAGUGAGUCUGGAGGAAUUCCAGUUUGGCCUGUUCAAUCAUGGGUCCCCUCGACUUCUGGAAUCUUCCACGCUUGUCAAACCGAGGGGGUCCUGGUCUCAUUACCAGGUCCUGGAGGAGGGCGGCGGCCAGACCACGGCGUCGUCCCUCGUGUCUCUGAGUUCGGGCCCGCGCCUCCUGUGCAGCGUGGAUGACGGCAGCGGGUUUGCUUUCCCGGAGCAGAUCGUCGCCCUGUGGGCCCAGGAGGGGGUGCACACCGGCAGGGAGGUCCUGCAGAGCCUCGACUUCCGUGUGGACGAGAAGGUGAACCUUUUGGAGCUGACCUGGGCGCUUGAGAAUGAACUCAUGACGGUGGGCAGUGCCACUCAGCAGGCAGCCUUGGCCUGCUACCGCCAGGAGCUGAGCUUCCGCCAGGGGCAGGUGGAGCAGAUGGCCAGGGAGCGAGACAAGGUGAGGCGGGACCUGGAGAAAGCCGAGCAGAGGAACCUGGAGUUCGUGAAGGAGACGGACGACCUCCACUCCGCCCUGGAGCAGCUCGCGGAGGAGAAGGUCAGACGCCUGGAGCAGGGGUACAGGGGGAGGCUGAGCCUCCUGCGGUCCGAGGUGGAGAUGGAGCGUGAGCUGUUCUGGGAGCAGGCCCGGCGGCAGAGAGCUGCGCUGGAAGAGGAUCUGCAGCGCCUUCGGGCCGAGGAGGCCAGCCUCCGUGAGAAGCUGACCCUGGCCCUGAAGGCUGUGGAGAGCAUCCCACGACCGGCGCCCACCCUGCAUUUGCUUCCAGAAAACAGUCGAUUGCAGAAGGAGAUGAUUGAAGUUGUGGAGAAGCUCUCAGAGUCGGAGAAGCUGGUCCUGAAGCUGCAGAAUGACCUGGAGUUUGUGUUGAAGGACAAGUUGGAGCCACAGAGCCCAGAGCUCCUGGCCCAGGAGGAGCGGUUCUCAGAGGUCCUGAAGGAGUACCAACUCAAGUGCCGGGACCUGCAGGACCGCAACGACGAGCUGCAGGCCGCACUGGAAGGCCUGCGGGCACAGCCGCCCCCACGUCGGCGCGACCGGCUGCCCCCGGGACAUGGCCCGGCAGGAAUCGUCACAUUUGCGGGUGAUUCCGUCCCAGUGAGCAUAGAAACGGAGAUAAUGUUGGAGCAGGUGAAGGAACGUUACCAAGACCUCGAGAUUCAGCUGGAGACCAAGGUGAAUGACUAUGAAAGGGAAAUGGAAGUGAUGAAAAGGGCCUUUGCAGAGGAGAGAAAGGAGCUGGAGCGGGCCUUCAAGCUCGAGGUCAGCGUGCUGCAGGGUCAGAAGGCCGAGCUGGCGACGCUGCACCAGGAGUCGCAGGAGGUGGUCCGAGGCCUGCGGGACCGGCUGCAGCGGAGGGCGGCGCUGGAGCGGGGCCACGCGCGGCGGCUGGCCCAGGAGAGGGACCGGCUGGAGGAGGCUCUGCGGCGGCUCAGAGUCGAGUUGGAUAAGCUUUCUGAAGAAAACAUAUUUUUGAAAAAUGAGCUGGGAAGGAUCCGGGAAGAGCUUGAAGCUGCAGAAAGGACAGAAGCUGCACAGAGGAAGGAAAUUGAGAUUUUAAAGAGAGACAAGGAAAAGGCCUGCUCUGAGAUGGAAGAGCUCUGCAUACAGAGUCAGAAAUGCAAGGAUGAAUUGUCCCAGCUCAACCACAGGGUCCUACAGCUGGGAGAGGAGGCCUCUACCCACCAGGCCCAGAGUGAGAAGAAUCACAUCACUGUUCAGCUGCUAACACAGAGCCUGGCAGAGGCAGCACGCCGGGAGGAGCUGCAGGGUAAUCAAAUCCAAAAACUUGAACUUGAACUUGAACACGUGACUCAGGAACGUCAGAGCCUGCGAUUGGCACAGUCACAGCUGAGAGAGGCCCUCGAAGAGAGUCGGGACCAGCUGCACGGAGCCGCCCUGAGGCUGAGGCUGGCCGGGUCCCAGCACGCCCGCAAGGUGGAACAGCUGCAGGAGCAGAUGGCGCAGCUGGUGCCUCAGGGCCACGUGGCUGAGCUGCAGCGGCUGCUGGAAGGGGAGCGGCGGGCGGCUCAGCGGCUCCAGGAGGAGGAACGAGAAGCACAUGAAAAACGGCUGAAAGCCACAGAAGAGCGGGUGGAAGAGGUAGAAAGGAUUUUGAAGAACGUGGAAGUGCUCCUCCAAGAGAAAGUGGGUGAGCUGAAGGAGCAGUUUGAAAAGAACACACGAUCUGAUCUGCUGCUCAAGGAGCUCUAUGUGGAAAAUGCUCACUUAACGAAAGCGCUUCAGGUCACUGAAGAGAAGCAACGAGGUGCUGAGAAAAAAUCCCGAUUCUUGGAAGAAAAGGUUAGAGCUCUCAACAAACUACUCAGUAAGAUUGCAUCGGCAUCCCUCUCUGUCUAGACUGCUUUUCUUCCUGGAGUUCAUUUUGAAAGAACAUCAUUGAAAAGUAAGCCACUGUGAUGCCAUAACUUCUAUGGCUCAUUGGCUGUGAACUACUGGACAGAUGGGGACUGUGAUUCUCUGUCCGCCCCACAAGCAUUUCAUGAAGGUCUACUGUGUGCCAGAUGCUGGGGAAACAGACAUGUUGGGAAAGACUAUAUAUUUUUUUAGCGGUCCUGGGUAGUUUCCCUAGGUAAAAUUCCUAAUUUUGCUACUUACUAGUGAAACAGAUUAAGGGGGCUCUCAGCAAGGUAAAUGGUAAAAUAAAACAAUUUUAAUGUUUUACUUCUGACCUUGGCUACAGAGAUUAAAAUGCAAAGUCAGGGCUCUGUAGUUUUGCCAGUUCACUGUUACUGCUCUGGUUGAGUCACUGGCAUUCUCGAUUGUGGGUGGAUACAGACAGCCCAGAAAUGCUCCACUUCCUGUGACUGUCAGCUGGCAAUGAGGGAUAGAGGGGAAGCCCCUUUGUCAGGGUCUCCUCCACUGCAGGGAGGUUUGGACAGUACUUGUAUUUUAGGGCUGUGGACUCAGGGAGGAUGGUAUCUAUUGUGAAUGCAGUCUUUUUCUCACUGAAAUGUCAUCACACUGGAAAGUGUAUUAUAUAUAUAAAAAAAAACAAAGUAUAGUUUUAUAUCCAAAAUAUACAUAAAUUAUGGUCAUUUGGUUUAUCAGAAUAAACUACUGUAAUAUGGACAGUCACUGUAUUUGCA